AUGGUUUACAGAAAGGUCCUAACUAAGAUUAAAAGUACUAAAUUAGAGUAUACACCAGUAAAAUGGAGAAUGUUAAGUAGGCCUUGUAUGGCCAGCUAGAAGACCUGACACUGAGAUAAAGUUUAUCAUCAUCAUAAAGAAUGUAGACGACAAGGUGAUUAAUUUUGAAUUCAGACGCGGUCCCCUAUCUUAGAGACCCUGACUUAUCUCCUCUUCUUUAACAGCUGAUCAAGUUGGAAAAAUCGCAAAAAAAGUUUAGAGAAACGCAAAGAUAGUUUCAUUGGCGUUACCAUUGUCGAAUUAAGAUCCGUAUCAUGCUCAUAGUCCCAUACGCAACAUCCCUAAGUUCCUAACGGCAGUAUCGAUCACCAGUGGUUUCCACUGGUCAGGAAAUGGUGCAGGAAAAUCAAGGUCGGGGUAUAGUCAGCGAAUUUUAUUUUGAGUUAGGGAAAGCUAAAAUUUUGAAGAAAGCUAGGAAUGAAAAAUAAGAACUGCCGUUUUCAAGGUGCGUAAAUACUUUAAAUUCAUAAAAAAGGACGAAUGUAAGGAGAGGCUGGAGGCCGCUGCUGUUAUGUCAGACAUUUUAAAUUUAUUUGGUCAUGCAGGGAAAUUUUAUUUUUAUCAGGAAAAAGUCAGGGAAUUUUGAAAACUGAUGUCUUUGGCAACCAUGCAUAUAAUGGACGCCGAUGAUAGUGUUAAGCUGAGUCGUACGACAGUUGCACUAAUAUCCAGUAGAAGGGAGUGCAGUAAUAAUUUUCAGAUGCUUCAUUCAUCAGAAGAAAACAUGACUCGAAUCUGGUGGCUCAUGAGCGCGUCUAAUGGAUUUUUUUUCCUUAAGAAUGAUGUGCAAAAGCUUUCUCGACCUUCCACUGUUUGUCAUACUCUUGAGGAGUUGAGGCAUUCUCAAAACACGUAUCCUCAGUAACACAGUGUCGUCACUGCAUGGUGAUCAAUACCCUGCGAGCGAAUUCUCCUUCGAUCUUCCUAGAAAAUAUCCAAGAUCGAAGGAGACUCUGCUCGCAGGGUAGGUGAUCUAAUGAUAUUGUGAAUUAAAACUGUUAUACUUGAAAGGAAAAUCUUCGAGUCAUUUAUCGUGGAUAUAGUUUUUAGGUAAGGGAAAAAUUAAACAAGUUCUUCGAGGCUAAUUAUUCUGUACAAUGUGGGUCAUUUCUUUCGUUUUUCUUGAAGCACGUGCAGUACGGAUCGGAAAGGACUUACUUACAUGAAUGAAGUUAAAAAUAGUGUAGAUUUCGGAGCCGAAAUUACUGAUGACCCAGUAGUUUAAUGUUUGCUUUUUAAGGAGUGCCAGCAUAAGUAGAGAAAAUAAUAAAAGAUAAUUGAUGCUUUUUGUCUAUUAAAUUCAUUUGCACAUUUAAGGAAAUGGCUAGAGAUGAAUUUGUGUGAGUGGGCUUUUGUACAGUGCAUGUGGUAACAGGAGCUGACAUGUUAGAAAAGGAACCGCCGUAUUUACCUCUUGUGUAAACUGUCCCACUCACUGAAUGACAAGGCCCAAUAAAAGACACAUAAAACAUGAAAUAGUUCCUUUCAAAGUGCAACAACGCGCAGUAACAGGAAAUGAAUUUUGUUACUGCGGUUUCUUUUGAAAUUGCUUUGAUCGACACUGUUGACGUCAAUAGGAGAGGCGCUCCCAAAUAUGACCUUCGUGUUACUGUUUUUAAAUUGGCCUUUAUUACAAUGCAUCGAAAUGCAGCAAUAUAUUUCACAGACUCUAGUAGUUCCUAGAAUUUAAAAUCCAUCUAUAGGCCUCAUUUUCGCGAGACUGUUACCCCAUAACAGUUUUUUGUGAGAUAAUUUUAAGAUCACAAGUGAAAGAGCUAUGUGCUGCUGACUCUGUGUUAAUACCAUAAAUCUGGACCAUUCCCCUACCAGAGUCAGUUAUAAAGACAUUUCAUGUAGGUCUAACUUUUGAGACCUUUGAUAACUUGUGCUGUACAUAUUCUGUAACCGUUCAAGGUAAAGAAACGUGGCAUUACUAGUUUGCAAAAAAAUCAUUGUGGGAUUUUUAUGGGGGUUUACGAGUCAGAGCCAGUACAUGUUGCAGAGAGGAAGUUUUCAUCACAGAAAUAUCUUGAGGUACCUUUGGUACUUAAUUUCACGGGUCUUUAAUUUCGCUUUUUUUCGCGAUUGUAAAUAAGAAUCGCGAAAUUAAAGACCGCGAAUAAAAACAAUCCAGGCGAAAUUUAAUAUCCAUUUAAUAGCAAAUUCAAAUCACAGAAACCGUUCCCUGAAAAAAAAUGAUCAACAUUGCAUAACAACAACAUAUACAGUUUAUGUACAAACAAAUACACAAAUUCAAAACACUGGCUUUACUUGUUAUCCUUUGUAUUUUCUGUCGUGAAAUAACGUUAGUUUGCAAGAUUUCACAAUGGAUUAGAGGAUAUAAAUGAAGAGGAUCUUUAAAUCCACGUUUUGUUUGUUCCAGUUUAUCUAGAAAGUUUCAAAUACGCUUGUCUUUUGAAAUCGCCAAAAUAGUACCCCAUUUCGCCAAAAUCGCGAAAUUUAGUACCAACAAGGUAGAGCAAGCGGGCUGUCCAUGUUAAGGUGAUAUCACCCGUAGCGCUUUUCAACGACGAUUUUUUAAAAAGGAAAGAGUAUUCAUAUCCUCCAGAAAACCUUUAAUUUAGCCAACAUCGUUGAUUUCAGACUGACGGCAGGGAAAUGUUCAAAAAUACGUAACGCACCGUGUAGAGAGCCAAGGUGCUCGUGCGGAAAAUGCUGGAAACUGUUGUCAGGUAAUUCUCGAAGGAAAGUUCGCAAACGACCAUCCAACUGUUCGAGAAGGUUGCUAUUGAAUUCCUGAUUUUAGAGCUAACUAGGGACAAAAUUUUGUAAUUUCAACUGAAGUUAUUGAUAACUCAAAGUUACGAAAUUUUCCGGCAUUCAAUUUAUAUAAUACAUGUACUACAAUUGAGCAACCCUUGCGGCCAACUCACGACUGAAGGUGAUAUUACACAAGACGAUUCGCAACGACGAUUUUUAGCGCAAUGCCGUAUGGCAACAUUGCCGCGACAUUGUUUCGAAUGGUUACAACAUUGUUCCAAUAUUGCAACGCUGUGUUGCGCUAAAGAACACUCUACGACUGUCGUCAAAUUCUAAUGUCUCACUGUCAACGGUGAGAAAGCUGUUUAUGAGCAUUGUGAAAGAUCUGGUCAUUCAUGUAAAACAUGUUGACCUGUUACUAAAUUCUCCUCACACAAAUUAGAGAAAACUUGUGAAGAACAGUACCGAGAUUUUUCUUCGCUGCCCUUUUGAUCACUUGCGGUUGCUAGGGAGCCGUUAAAUUUCAUGAGAAAAUGUAUUAUCCCAUCAUUGUUCCAGUUCUGUUUUUCAGAAUCCUCUUAAGAAGAGAAACUUCAGCCUGGCUAAAGAUAAAAAAACCGAGAACUUAAGAAGAAAAGAAGCAAAGACGAGGAUUUUAAAUAUUAUCGCUAAAAAAGGUGAGCUAUUUUUGUAAUCGUUUGGGUCAGUCCAUUUGAACGAGACUGCAAAGAUCGAAUCUGAAUGUUUUCCUUUAUUCAGUUUAUGGAAACAGUGGUUAUUAUAUCAGUUUAACAUCUCAGAAAUUUACUCAUGAUGAUUAAGAUUAAAUCCAAUAAUUUUUUAUUGUAGUUCCUCGGCUAGUUGCAUAUGUGUAAAUUUGUUUUGUGUUAACUAUAGACGGCGGAGUCCGGGUUUAUAUUUCAAACAACAUUUUUUUUUUCUUUUUCAUGCACAAAUAAAGCGCAAGUCUCUUGGAAAAACUUUAUUUCUGCACUUUGAAGAAACAAGACGCUGCGUAGCUAGAAUUAGCUGUUUUGAUUUCUUGAUCGAUUCACUUAAUAAUCAAAUAUGGUCAUUCUAUUGCUUCUGAGUCUUAUUUCGUGUAAUUCAAUGAUACACCACUGAGUCAUUGUGUAAAUGCAAUUCUAGAGUUUUGAAUAAUUUAAUAGCUUGUGUUUCCAAAUUGAAAUGAGCAAAAUUCAAUAUUUCUUUCUUUUUUUGUAAAAAAAAUCAAUCAUGCUACGUACUUUCUGCCUUUUUGGGGGGUAUUUUGAACAACGCCGAAUGACUCCUGCUGAAGUUUAGUGAUUUAUAAGGUUUCGAAACUGAGUGAAUCAAGUUCGUAAGAUCAUUUCGACAAGGUGACUGGUGAUCUGAACUAACUGUUACUUGAUUCACUCAGUUAGCUGGCCCUAUAAAUCACUUAACGUUCAAAACAGAGUCAUUCGGCGUUUGGGGGCCGUGUCGCGUUCUGCAAAAUACCCGAGUGUCGUUGCAUUUUGUUACAUGUGAGAAGAUUUGAUAACAACUCGUUAGUGGCCUCAAUAUCGGGUUCCACGCUGUUUUAACUACGUUUUUAACAGCGUAAUCGCAUCGCGAGAGCUUUAUUGCAACUCACAAAGUUUAUGCUGCCGACACACCGUGCUAAGCAAUCUAAGCACCUGGGGACUCGUUCCCAGUCGCUACUGCGCAAGUUUGGGGCGAAGGGAUCGCACGUCCAGACGAAAACUUUUGCUUUCUCCAAAAUCUUGGCGAACCUCCAUAAACAACGCUGGAAAGAGAGCACCUUCAAAUGAGUAAACUUGCCAGAGUUGGCAUUGGUAUGUUCGGAACAAAGUUUUUAUGGUGUGGGACACAUAUUUUCGCUAAGUGGUCAAAAAACAUAAGGCUUUGGAAGGGUCAAUGUUGACAGAAAAACAAAAGAGUUUCCCGAGAAAUGUAAUUUCUUAGCAUCAUCUCGUUAGAUGGCUAAUUCGCGAGACGAAGGAUAUUCAGUGAGAAUUUCUUCAUGCCCUUGAUGUAUGACAGAAUGCUAAAAUUUCUUCGUUUGUCGGUUUAUAGGAUGAAACUGGUCAGACGCCGCAUCUUUCUUCUUUUCUCAGCAGUUUCCUUUCUAGUAUUCGUUUUCAAUUACAUUAUAUGGAGGAGUAAGGUUGGUAUCAAAAUCAGAGGACAAAACAACGCCCAAGUCUUGCAUCGAAUGACUAGGAAUGAAUGCAACGCUCUUUUAGAUUGCUAUUCGUUCGGAGAAUGGGAAAUUAAGCCCGGUUUAACACAAGAAAUGAUACGGGAGAGAAGAGAACUUGACAAGUCCAUUCUGGAGAGCCUUGGCUUUCCAGGCGUGUUACACAGAGGAGAUAGGCUCUGCGGUCAAGGAAAUCUUCUUCCUUUUUCCAAAUUGCCAGCCCUCUGUGAUGAGUUAAGUAAGACACCAUGUUGUAACGAAGAGAAGGGACUUUGUGGGAACUCAACAGAAGACUGCACUUGCUCCCAUUGUAAAGAUUUUAGCAAAUAUUUCACCGCAGAGUUUGCCAAUUGGAAACCAACGAGGAAAGAAUGCCCAUUGACGAACUUUCAUAGGGAGGAAGCAUGUUCGAUUUUAAAAGAGUACGCAUCGGAAGUUGCCUUCGUCGGUGAUUCGUUCAUUCGACAUUUAUUCGUAGCGUUCUCGUUGUUGGUGACGGGCGAUCCCAUUACAGGUGCGCUGAGGAGUAGCUUAUCGGACGAGGAGAGAAAACAAUGUAGCGGAGAAUGGCAGUUUGUCGAUAACGGAAAACAUUCGUGUCAUCUAAAAACUCUCCGUAAUUGGGAAGAAGUUAGAGAAAAUGGACCAUGCAGUGGAAGGACGCAAUUUAAAACGUAUUUGGUUGAAGCCUACAACAUACAUCAGUUGCCUUUGGCGAUAAAAACGGUAACAAAUCUAUUAGGAAAGCCAGGUUCAGUUGUAGUCCUCGGAGUUGGUAUUCAUUUGUCAUCAAAUGCGCAAAAAGUAAUUAAGGACUACCUGAAACCUUUACUCGAUUUAAUUCAAGACCAAAGCAGUAACGGAUGGCCAUUGCUUAUUUGGGGAAACAUACACCAAGUUGAUAAUUUUCUCCCAUCGGACUGCAAGAAGAAUUACUCGCCGAUUGAAAAGUUUAAUCAAGAAAUGUCGCGAUUCUGUCGUGCUCACAAUAUUCCUAUAUUGGAGACGUCAAGUGUUACUCGGUUCAUAAAGAGCAACGACGGUCUCCAUUUUGGAUUCGGAGGAAAUAUGGCGAAAGUGCAGAUACUUAUGAAUUAUUUGAAGAAUUUUUUCGAAGUUUGUGCGGGCUCAAGCUGA